ACCAGUAGUUUUUUUUUUUUUUAAUAGGCGGGAUAAAUCUUUUCUUUUGUUCAUAACCUCUUGAAAUUUUUAACAAUGAAUAAAAUGAAACCUUCGCAAGCUGUUCUUCUUAAUGCUGAUUUAUUACCUAUUAUAUUAUCUGAAUUUGAAGAGAAUCAAGAUGAAAUGUUUCUUUAUCUUUUCGUUAGUAAAACGUGGGCAGCGACUCUUGUAAGAUUGUUAUGGAAAUCACCAAUCUGGAAUUCACCUCGUUCGUAUAAAUCAUUUUUACGGACAUUAAAAAGAUCUAAUGUUACUUUUGCAUACGGUAAACUUAUACGUAGACUUGUAUUUGAACCGAUAAAAAAUAGAGAACAACCAUCAUUUGCAAAUGACGAUCUAAAACUUUUUUCAACAAAGUCUGAUAGAUUAACUCAUUUAACUUUUGGUCAGACAGAUAAUUUUUUUUCUGCUGAAGCUGUAUCUGAACUUGUUAAAAACAAUCCAAAUUUAUUGGGUUUUGCUGCUACAAAACCAUGUUAUAAUAUUGAAUGGUUAAAUAUAGCUCUUUCACCUGUAAUUAAUGGACAUUGUUUGAAAUUAUCUCAACUUGAAAUACAAAAUAUGCGUCACUUUUUGAUCUUUUUGGAUUAUUGGCCAAAUGGUGAUUAUUCUGAUGAUGCUAUAGGUCAAACGCGUAACUUAAUUAAAGAAAUUGGAUUUAAAUGUCCUAUCUUUGCAUUAGACAUUAAUGUUCAUAUAGAUGAUGAAAUGGCUGAUAUGAUAACACAAACAUUUAAGAAUUUAAAAAUUCUUCAUUGUGAAACAGUUUCUUGUUCAGCAUUAAAAAUUCUUUUACCUUAUUGUAAGAAAUUAAAAUGGUUAUCUAUAGCUUUUUCAUCUGAAAAUCCUAAUGAAGAUAUUCAACAAGAUAUUGGUUCUCAAUUUCCAAGUUUAGAUGCUUUAAAUUUAUUUUUACCUCCACAUGAUUGGUCACCUUUUACAAAAUCUUUAGCUCCAAAUCAAACAAAUCUUCGUCGUAUCAAUUUAUUUGGUUGUGAUUCAGUUACUGAUGAAGCUUUUUUACCUAUUGCAAAGAAUUGUUUGAGAUUAGAAUUUGUUGGUUUAAUUUGUUGUCAACUUUUAACUGAUGCAUCUAUUGCCGUUUUGGCGCGUAAUGUUGGUAAAAAUCUUAAGAAUAUUAAUAUUUGCAGAAUUCCAAAAUUAACUGAUGUUAGUAUAAUUGAAAUUGCUAAUAGUUGUCAUAAUUUAGAAAAAUUUGUAUUAGAAAGUUGUAAAAAGGUGACAUCACGUUCUCUAACAUUACUAGUACGUAAAUGUAAAUCUCUUACAGAGUUAAGUGGUGAUUAUCCUCGUAUAAUUGCAGCAAAGAUCGUUUCAACAUUAGCAGUACAAGGUAAUACAAAACUUCAAGUAUUACAGAUUCAUAGUAGACAUGAUCCUGAUUCAAACAUUAUAGAAGGAAAGAAAUAUCGAAGGUUUGAUUUGGGUUUAUUAGAAAAACUUGCAGAGAAAUGUCCAAAAUUGAGAGAAUUGGAACUUAAAUGUUAUAUUACCGGUUUAUAUCCAAAUUUAUUGAUAAAUGCAUUAUAUAAGUUACGUAAUUUAGAGAAAUUAUUCAUGGAACCUAGACAAAAUCAAAAAUUAAACCGUGAACAUAUAAUGAGAUUAGAAAAUCACCCUCGAUUAAAAGAGGUUAGAUUUGAUGGAGGUUGUAGCGAAGAUGCUAUUUCAUAUAUAAAAGAACGUAGCAAAAAUAAAAAAGGAAUGUUUAUACAUGUAAAACCAGUAUAUUAG